AACAUAAUAUGAUUAUGAGUGAAGGGACUAGGGAGUGUUGCCUCCACGUGUAAAUGAUUAUAGAGCACACUCGUGUCUCUUUCCUUGCCUUUCCUCUUCUUCUUCUUCUCUCUCACUCUAUCUUCAAACUCCAGAGCUCUGUGCGCACAAACAUAAUCCAAGAAUACUUGAAAAAGAAUGGCUCUAAUGGUGAAUGCUGCUUCCUUACUUGGUGUAGCUCAACACCCAUUUCCUUCUCUUGGGCUAACUUCAUCUUCUCCCAGAAUUCCCUCUUCUAAUUCUUUCAAAUCUCCAUUACUGAUUCAUGGAGCCAAAACAAGGCCAGUUUUUCCACCUGUUUUUGCUUUGAAGAACAUAUAUGACUCUGAGGUUGCUGUUGAUAUAGUAGUUGAAGACGAAGAAGAUGAAGCAGAAACAGUGACAGAGAAACCUCGUACUGAAACUCUGCUGUACUCCUUCACUCCUUUGCCAUUGCUGUUUGUGGCUGCUCUUCCAGGAGCUGGAGCUGUGAGGUCUGUGUUUGGACCGUUCGUUGAGCUCGUUAAAUCAUUGAACCUUCCUGACUGGCUCGUGCACUGGGGCCAUCCCGGCAACAUGGCUGUUGUGCUCUUUGCCAUGGGUGGUUAUGGAACUUACCUGGGAUUCAGAAUCCGGUUUUCCAAUGAUGUGGAGGAAAGAGCAAAAGCCAAAGACUUGCAUCCCAAACUCCUUGCUGGAAUGUUCUUCUUCUUUGCUCUUGGAGCUACUGGAGGGAUAACUUCUUUGCUCACUUCAGACAAACCCAUCUUGGAAAGCCCUCAUGCAGUAACUGGCUUGAUUGGCCUAUCUCUUCUCACCAUACAGACACUCUUGCCUGCACUUUUUGAGGGAAAUCCCGGAUUGAGGAAUGUUCAUGGCAUACUGGGGAGUGGAAUAAUGACACUGUUUCUUGUCCACUUUGCCCUGGGAUUACAGCUUGGCCUGAGUUACUAGGGGCAUGCAUCCAGAUCUGAUAAUUCUUUAAUGAAAUCACCGACACAAAAUAAUUGAUGAAAGAUAGGUUGAUAUUCUCCGGCAGUUGGCUUAGUGCAUUCAAAGCAUUACCUUAUUUAAAUCAAAAGAGAGACAACGAAUUGAUGUUACCUUCGCAGAUCUUGAUGAAACCACAAGAUUCACGGCAAGUUGGCAUGUUAGCCUUGACGUGCACCGCAUUUGAUUCAACGUUUUUGUUUUUCUCA